AUGAAUAUGUUGGAUGAUGACGAUGACCAAAGCUUUCACGCUACGCGUGACGGCUACUCCCAUUUGAGCGAUGUCGAAUGGGAUGCGGUUGAACGAAUGGGUUCGACCAUGGGCAUCCAUGCUGUUAGCGUCAUGCUAGAGGCUCUCAAUAGAGAUGCCCAACAUGCUACUAUCGCCAAGUUCAUUCAAAAUGAACUUGACGGUGAACGCGAGAAAGUAGCCUUGCUUCACCAACAAGGUUCUCAACAAGCAGAGUUGUUGAGAGAACAGGGUGCUCAACAGUUUGAACUGUUGAGACAGCAGCAGGCUGCUGCUGGCGGGUCGAUGCACUCGCGUCGACCCGAGACUUUGAAGAUUGACAUCUCAAAGUAUAGGGGGGUCGAAGAAGACUCCCUCUUGAGAUGGUUCGUCGAAUUGGAUGACGCCAUAAGGGCGCGUCGCAUCGACGACGGGGAUAUGCAAGUUGCAUUUGCCCAGUCAAAUCUGGCAGGACGUGCGAAGACAUGGGCACUGGGGCUCAAGUUGCACGACCCAUAUGCGUUUGGGUCGUUGGAAGUCUUCAAGUCGCGGCUCAGACAAACGUUUGAACCGCCUAGAGCUGAGUUCAGAGCUCGAACCGAACUCUUGAAGCUCAAGCAGGGUAAGCGUGAUGGUCUUGCGGAUGGUCCCGUCAAGACUCACCUGUUCCGGCUUGAACUAGAUUCACUAGAACAAGCCAUUUCCAUUGCGGAGCAGGAGACUUCAGUUUGA